AUGGCAAGUGAAACUCUUUCCUUUGAACAGGACGAGAUUACACAUAUGCUAUCACAAGUCAACAUCUCAAGUGAUUUUCUACAAACAUCACCUUCAGAAUUGAAGUCCAGGGACCUCGAGAGGGAAUCCCGGAGACUACUGAACUACGAACUUCACUGCGUUACAUUAGCGGAAUACCUUAAAGUACAGAGAAUCCCUCGCGGCCUGAGAAUCCGCACGAGACCGACAUUCUUUAAGGACGACGCCGAAUUUUGUAACAAGUUCGAACGCAUUUUAAAUAAAUGCUCCUUCGACCUUAUUGCCUUAACUUUAUCAUACCUCCAAGAAGCAAUCACCAAAACUAAAGGUGAAAUCAAGACCAUAGAGGAACAAUUAACCGCGGUACUACCGGCAGAUGAAUUCCAGCAGCUACACACUAAGAUUGAAUCUUCUCUACAGAACCACAAGAAGGAAGUCGAGUCCACGAAACGUAACAAGUUUCUACGCGAUACCGAGGAUUACAGACUCAACAGGGUAUAUAAAUGGCCCGACCCCACCAAUUCCACCAACAGCCGCUACAGAUACCGCUCCCAAUCAAGGGACUCAUCACACUCAGGCUCAGAAGGUGACCCCCACUCUCAACAGGACAACUAUACUCAACAUUCCUUCAGAGGCCGACGCAGAAACCAGGGAAGAACGGCAACAACAACACGGAGACCACCCAACAUGACGACUAGAUCUCAGGCUAUAUAAUCAAUGUCGGACUGCGACAUAUGACCAGAUAUCCUUUUCUCUGAUAUCCUUUUCUCUGAUAUUGAAUCAAAAGCCUCCCUCUAAUGUGGUAAUAGAUCCUGGGAUUGUUUGUAUAAUAUACACCUCCAUCCACACUAGACAUAUUCUAGUAUCUAAG